AUGUUCAACGAAAAGGACAUCCUCCCGGCCUAUACCGCAACCGCGACCCCAGAGCUAUCAUGGCGUGUUCCAGCCACCAGCACGCGAACACCAGAACAGCAGUUCAAGUUGGACCUGGAAGCUCAGAAAAACGACGGUGAGCUCGCAAGGAUCCAGGCAGAAUUCGACGAAGAAACGCGAAAGACGAAGAUCGACCUCGUCCUCCUUACCAUCAAGCUCCUCAUCUUCACUGUCGCGGCGGUGUAUAUCCUGGGGUUUAUCGCUGACGUACUCGCUGCCUGUGCACCGCAAGUCAAGGCGGUGGUGAAAGCUACGCCAGCUGCAGAGAAGGGGGUUGUUAUACGCAAGAAGAAGUAG